AUGGCACAAUUACACAUUACCGUCGUUAGGCAUGCCGAAACGAACGCAAACUUGAAUCAUAUUCUACAAGGACAUAUGGAUACAAAGCUCAAUAAAUCUGGAAUGGAGCAAUUAGAAUUGAUCUCUCGAAGAUUACGCAAAAUGAAGUUUGAUCAUAUCUAUUCAAGUGACUUAUAUCGAGCAAAGAGGACGGCGCAAGCUAUUGCUAAAAAUCAUCCAGAGACACCAUUCACAACGGACAUUAGGAUUCGAGAACGGGACAUGGGAAGACUUAGUGGCUUGACCAUAUACCAAGCCCUAGACUUCAUUAAAGAAGAAGGUACCUCAUGGGACGAUUACGGUGAACCCGAAGAAGAUUUUAAGGCACAGGUGGUCGACUUCUUCGAUGAGAUUAUUGAAAAACAUUUGCCCAGCAGUGAAGAAUAUCGAAAACAAUUGUUGAAAAAUGGCCUAGACGAAAUACGCAAUCCACAUAUAUUGAUAGUCACCCACGGUGGUACCAUCAGCAAACUUGUUAAGGAGCAUUUGAUUAUGGACCUGGGAUUUCGUGUUAACGACUAUCUGAGUAUGAAACAUAAAGCCAAGAAUACUGGCGUCACAAAAUUCGUUGUUAGGAGAGUUGAUAAGCCUGCUACUGAUGACGAUGACUCGAGUAGUAACGCCACAGAGAGUGAUGGGAAUGGGUCUGAAAAGGCUCCCUCCACGCGACAGAAGAUUCGAUUAGAAGGAGAUAUUACACUCUGGAAUUGCGUUUCACAUUUGACAUCGCAAGGAAAGCGUACACAUGGCGAUUCGCAGAUUGAUGAUUUG